AUGGCGGCGGCAGGCGCAAGAGCGCAGAAGCCCGUUGGCUCGGCACUAUGGAUUGCAGCAGAGAAAGAAAACAUGGCGGAUCUUGUGGAACAAGAGAUGGAGGAAGUGGAAUAUCCCGUUCGACAUGAAAUGGACUGGCUGAAUGAACAUAUGUCCGAGAUAUUCUCCAAGGGCCAAACAAACUUUGCGGAUGUGUUCAAAACACCUGGAAAGAUGAGAGGCAAAACACCUCGUACAGCUCGAAAGCGUAUUCCGGAAGAGUCUCGAGUGCCCUUGAGCGAAAUAUUUUCAUCCGCCCAGAAACAAUUAGAGAAUCAAACAUCUCCGAGCCCGUUCAUUCAUCGUGUUGUUCCGAAACCCGCUCCUCCAGCGGCAUCACCUGUGCCCCGCCCUAAGGAUGCAACAGAGCAAGCUUCAAACCCCGAGUAUCCUAAUCUCGCUCAGAAUCUCAAGUCCUUCCCCACCUACAACACUGACUCGGGCCACCAUGGCAUACCCGAAGAUGAUGAGAUGGUACUGCCUGACGUGCAGAAAGAAUCACAGGCUUCUACUCAGCCUGUUACCCAACCUCUUGAAGCGCAGCAGCCUAUGAGCCUGGAUGUCCAAGAGGUCGAGAUGCAAGGCACUCAACAAACAAAUGAAGAAUCUUUCCACACUGCCCAGGAAAAUGUCCGUUCUCGUGGAGAGACUGUUGAGCCGAGCAAUAACCCAACCCCAACCCAGCUGCGAACUGCGCGGCCGGUUGACUCUGUUCCGAACGAAUCUGAGACUGAAAGCACCUCGACUCCAACUAAAUUGUCAAAAUCGAAGCUGGCAAUCAGCAGCCCCGAAAAGCAACAGAAAAGAAAGGAAUCCGAGCCAAAAACGAUUAGGGGGGAUGAUCCAGCUGUCUCGAAACCCGAGUCAUCGCCAGAGAAAGCUUUGGUGGCACCGGUGGCUCCACCUGUCGAGAUGCAACAAUCCCAGCCUGAGGAUGAAGAGAUGGAAGAUCCAACCGAGGAUGAUGACAAAGAUGAUACAGUUCUGGACAAUCUUGAUGAUAUCGGCUCCCCUUCGGAUGGUUCCACUCCUGAGCGACCCUUUGCUCGGAAAAGUAGCUUGAGCUUUGCCACCCUCCCCGCACGAGAGCCCUUGAAGACUCGAACCAGCCAUGUUGACCUAGCGAAGAUGAGUACUGGCGGACGGCCUAGUUACUUCGGCCGGCAGACUGGGGGGCACAGGGUCCCGCAAAAUGCGACAGAUGAGAAUUCUGGUUCCAGAGUAUUGGAAAUUGAUGACGAGAAGGAAGAUAUCGAAGAAACGGAUUCGGAUCAGGCCACCAGGAUGCACAACAAGAAGUCGACUCAGUCUUUGCACGAUAGAAUCAGCAUGUUGGGCAAACUUCAACCAUCCCGUCCAAGAAAGUCAAUCACUUCCACCUCUGGGUUAAUAGCUGGUCAGAUUCCCUAUCCGGAUCUUCCAGCUUCUAAGCCUGAAGCUAAGUCUGGAGUUUUGAAUGAGAAGCUACGUGAAGCUCCGGCGCUCCAGCCUUUAUCAGUCGAUGAUGACUGGAUCAAGCCUCUGAACUCACCCCAAAAAGCCGAGCUUUCCAAGAGCAAGACCACGGAUGUCGUGGAAAAGCUUUCUGAGGCCGAAAGGGAGCGAGUAACCAACCAGGAAUCAUUCAGAUCAGAGCCCGAACGUCCCAAAUCAUCUGCCUCGAUAUUCUCGUCACCCCGGCAGCACGGUCACCAGCAAAGUGCUUCUUUGUCCCAUAUCACCGGCAAUCCAUCUACUACUCCAACGGGCUCCCCAAGGCGCUUCGAUGGUCAUAUAAGUGCUUCGAAAUUGAGACUACACUCGAUCAUGAAGUCCGCUAAAGGCUUGUUCUCAAGUACUGGUAACACACCACGAACAGAACACUCUUCUCCUGAGCAGUGGCGGAUUCAGCCGAGCGCUGACGUACCGGAUAAGAGUGCCAAACAUUUAUCUCAACCAAUUCCGAUCUCCAGUUCCCAUCGUCAGGAAGGCCGUCGGACAAGAAGCUCGACCGAGAAGGAGGAGAAACGGCGUCAGCACGAGCGGGAAGAACAAGAGCGUGAGGAUCGAGAGCGUGAGGAUCGAGAGAUGGAAGAAGCGCGUGCUGAGAGAGCCCGAGAGCAGGAAAAGCAGCGAGCUCUUCAACUCAAGGCCGCGCAGGAGAACUCGUCGGUCGAACCCGAAGAGAGGCCAAGUUCGGCAGCACCCAAGGCCUCUCAGUCUUACCGGCAACAAUCGCGAGAACCCGAAUCCACUCAGGAGUCUAACUCGAGGUUUGCAAUUCCCCAGCCAAAGCAGAAUGAGCGUCGUCCUCUCAAACCCACACGCGAGCCCAUCAAACGCCCGACACCACAACCCAUGUCAAUUCGUGUCGGCAGCACCAUGUCUCGCCAACAAAUUCCUGUUCCGUCAUCUUCGGUGCCUCAGGAUUCGAGUAUUGCCAUGGCCACCUCGGCUCCGGCCUCGAGACCAACUCUGAAAAAGAAGGGAAGCAAUGCAUCUCUUCAUACAGCAUCUUCUGCGAGCAGCUUCAAAAGCUCUGUGUCCAGCCAAACACAGGCCCAGCGCAAGGCUCAGAUUGCCAGUGACCGCAAGAAGGAGCAGGAACGCGAGGCACGCCGAAAGGAAGACCAAAAGCGGGAGCUAGAACGCAAACGUGCCGCCCAACAGCUGCAACAGGAAGAGGCUCGUCGGCAGGAGCUGAACAGUCGCGCCGAAGCUGAGCGAGAGCGUCAGGUCGAGAGAGAACGUCAAGUCGAACGGGAGCGCCGCGAACGGUCGGCACAGGAGGAUCCAAACAAAGCUGCUCGUAUGGAAAUUAUCAAGAAGCGCCAAGCAGAAAAUGCUCGGAAGCAUGGAAGGCAAGGGAGUCAGCAAAUUGUCAACGAGGGUCCAAUUCUACAGCAUGAGCAAGGAUAUUCUCAGUCUUCUCAACGAAGCGACUUGGGUACUUCGCGCCCACCAUCUCGCUUGGGCAGCUCGAUUCAAGCAUUUGGCGGUCGCGGUAUCAAUCCACCCGCGCCUAACCCUGCCAAACCUCCCAAAAGAGGCAACAACGAUGAGCCCAACCAACGGCCUGCAGUAUCCAAACCUAGUAACGUACAAUCCACGGGCGAGUUCAAGCGACGAAAGACUGAGGAUGAGCACAAUCCUAUGCCACCUGUACGCACAAUGGCGCAGCCUAUCCGUCAAUCGAGUAUUAGAAAGGAAUCUACACAGCCUUCUACCCUUGGCCGUGGACAGUCAUCCAUCGCUCCUCAACCUGGGGCUUCCAGCUACCGAAAUGCUCAACCUCAGCGCCCCGCGCACCCUAUGAUCACAUACACAAACGGCAAGAUACCGUUUGCCGAACCAAACCACGCGCCUCCACCUAGUGCACACAAGCCGACGCCCAAUUCCGCACAGCGUCCAUUGGCCAAGCCAUCCCCUAAGUAUCCAAAUGGUGAAAACAUCCAGUUGCCCGAGGUCAACACGGAUAGUGAAGAUGAUGAUUCUGACUCCGAAAUGUUCCCCGUUCCCAAGUGGGCACAGGCGAAGGAGCUGGCAGAUCUUCUCAUAGAGCAAGAGGGUAUGGAGGUUGACUCGAUCUUCGGGCCAAUUGCGCCAUUCUCUCUAGAGGAGACUUUCAAGCCGGAUAAUAAAAUCAAAAAAUACCGCGUUCGUACCAGCAGUGCCAACUGGUCCGGUCCUGAUGGACUCACACAAGAGGAGAUCCGAAAGGAUAUCGCUGAUCGACAGCGAAUGCGGCUCAAUGGUGGUUGGAGCUUCAACGAUCAGUGA